GUUAGUCGAACGACAGCAGCCGCCGCCAUCACAAUGAGUAACCCCCCCAUCAGCGAGUCCAAGCUCAAGGAGUACUACGAUGUGGCCCUCAAAUUGGUGCUAAAGUGUGGACCAUUUAUGCAGGAGGGCUACCAGAAGGCGAAGACCGACUUCAAGGUCAAGUCUGACUUUUACGAUUUGGUCACGGUGUACGACAAGCAGAUUGAAGAUAUUCUCACCGAGGGACUGGUGGCAGCCUUUCCCGAAUCCCUCAUCAUUGGCGAGGAGGAGUCGGCGGCCUCGAAGCGUCAGGCUGAGCUAACGGAUGCGCCCACCUGGAUCAUAGAUCCCAUCGAUGGCACCACGAAUUUUAUACACAGAAUCCCACACUGUUGCAUCUCCGUCGGCCUGGCCAUCAACAAGGAGCUGGUGGUGGGCAUCAUCUACAAUCCACCGGCAAAUGAGCUGUUUUCUGCCUGGAAGGGCCAUGGCGCUUUCCUCAAUGGCGAGCCCAUAAGCACAUCCAAAGUGACGACGAUCAAUCAAGCUGUGAUUGCCUACGAAAUCUCUUUGAUUCAUGCUGCCGCCGUGAGGGACAAGAACGUGAAGCGUCUGUACAAACUGGCUUCAAAUGCCACUGGAACGCGUUGCUUUGGCAGUGCAGCUCUGACUCUCUGCUAUGUGGCCACCGGGCAGUGUGACGCCUACCAUGUGGAGGAUCUGAAACCCUGGGACAUAGCUGCCGGGGCCAUUAUUCUCACAGAAGCCGGGGGCAUAGUUUGCCACACGAAUGGUGGAAAAUUCGAUGUGAUGAAGCCAGAUUGCGUGUGCGCCUCCACGGAGGAGUUGGCCAAGAAUGUGAUUAGCCUUAUCGAGGAGGCAAAUCAGAUUACGGGCUACACGUUCAAGUAAAGUGCCAGCGACAACAAAAAACAGUAUAAUAUCUUUUGUAA